AUAAAAACUCAAACAAAGGACAUUUGGGAUGAAGGAGAGCUAAACGAGGGCUCAGAGUUCAAUGACUUAGAUGAUCCUAGGCCUGAACCAAAAUAUGAGAUGAUAUUCAAACAGUCUGUCACACCAGAGGAUAUGUUUUUGCAGAUGGGAAACAAGACUACUUCAACUGCAAGCUGUGAAAAUUUGAUAGUGAAAAUAUAUCUGCCAGGAUCAAAAAUAUCAGAAGUCAAUUUGGAUGUGAAGGAACUGUUCUUAGAUUGUAGAACACCGAAAUACAAGCUCGGCUUAUUUUUGCCUCAUUCCAAUGAUCCUAAAGUUGCCAAAGCUCAAUGGAAUCCAAAAGAUGAAUUACUAACUGUCACAUUAAAACUAAUAAGAGACUAUGACGAUUUUAAUUUUUAA